GAAAAAAUCUUUAGAAUCGAAUUCGAACAAUUCAAACACACACACAUAGUGCCGCACCGUUCACACGCCGCAGUGCAGUACAGUACCGCAGCGAGUGCGAGCGAGACGACCCGUGUCUCGGCAGAUAACAUACAUUUGUGUACCUACCUCUCUUCCAAGUGAAGAGCGAGUGGAGUGGAGUGAUGAGCGAAUCUCUGGUUUCUCAAGUGGAGGAGACCAAGGUGUCCGACGAAGAUGGCGUAAAAGAGAAAGCUGAGGUGUCCACGACCAAAGAUUUGGCCGGAUCUGCUAUGGAGGUGGAGACAGAAGACACUGGUGGUCAGCCGCCAGGGCAGGGUGACCCGGGGGACAAGGAUAAAUCUGCCACGGUGGACAUAAACACACUCACCCCUUCGACGCCCUCACAAACCCCGCCCCAAUCACAAUUGCUGGCCGCUGAAACUGCCACAUCGGGAAGCACGGCCGUCAUCCCGGAGAACAUCCUGUCGCCGCCCAAGUCAGAGACCCAAACGGAUGAGACCAACACGGCCACAUCGACAUCCUGCUCCCCGGCCUCGGAGGGUCAGCGUUCCCCGGCGGCGGAGCAACAGUCAACGGCUCCACCACCGCCGCCGAAGGAGGAGGGCGAACUGCCCACAGCAGCUGUCAAUGGGUCCAUACCAAAGUCAGGAAAGCCUCUCUCCACACCGCUCGGCGGUAAAAGGCCCAGCAAGGCGGCUACCACGUCACCACGUGCCUCCCGGUCUCGCAAACCAAAGGCGCUGCCUAUGUACGAGAGCGAGAUCAGUGACCACAAGGUGGGCAUUAAGCUGUGCAUCAAGAAAUCCGAUGCCGGAGAGGGCGCCCCUGCAGGUGCUACGUCUCCGCCCGUUGCCGUUCCUGCCACGGCCUCAAAACCGGCGCGCAAGCGCGUCCGCAAACCAAAGCAACAAGAUAGCGAUGAGGCCGAGUACGAACCGCGAAAGAAAAAAGGUGGAGGAGGUGGUGGUGCGGAAAAGAAGGCUUCAACGAGUUCGGAUGCGGAGGCAGCUGGCGAACCAAUCGAGCAGAGUGUCUGGGCCCAAAAGUUGCCAGAGGAAGUCCUUUUCAGGAUUUUCGAGCACGCCGUAGAUACACAGGGCUGCUUGCCCACCCUCUUUCGCCUUGGCAGAGUUUGCUCCCUCUGGCGACAGGUUUCUCUUAGGCCCACUCUGUGGCGCACCAUGGAUCUUACCACGUGGGUCAAGGAGAAGUACCGCACUGAACUGAAACUCAAGUGGUUUGUGGACAACCGCUGCAGUGCCUGUACAGAGCUGAAUGUUUCCAAUUGGAAAAUAUCAGACAUAAACUGCUUCCUUGCCAAGCUGUCAAGCGGUUGCCCGAAUCUCGCUGGCAUUACGCUGUCGGGCUGGAAAGGUUUCACCUCGGAUCAUCUGACGUAUUUGGUGGAUAACAUGCAUAAGUUGCAGCGCUUAGACUUGAGCUCCAUCAAUGUUGAGAUGAAUGCCAGCAAGAGCGCUGUGGGAGUGAACUCUCUGUGCAAUGCUCUGCAGACCAUGGGCAGCCGCCUAACUCAUCUCUACUUGGCGCACAACCGUCUGGCGGGAAUACCACAGAUAGUCGGCAUUCUUUCGACGCAUUGCCCGAAUCUAACGUUAUUGGAUCUCUCGAAUGUGACCACUCAGGCCACAUCACACGGUGUACUUCACAUUGAAAAGCUGCAGCAUGGCUGCCAGAAACUGAAGGUCCUGCGGGUGACAAACUCACACAUAACGCCGAGCACGGCAUCAAUGCAGGAAAUUAUGGACUCCCCCGGCUUUCCAGAUCUGGAAGAGCUGUCCGUGGCUGCCUUGACGGAUGAGUCUCGCAUCAUAAGCGACGAUCACCUGCAGCGCAUCCUGAAGAGCAGUUCCAAGCUCAAAUUACUAGACGUGCGCAACUGCACACGGCUGACACACGAGAGCCUCAUUCGCCUUCCUGCCUGGGAUAUCAAGCAUUUAUUCCUGUCAGGCUGCUCAGUCACUCGGGAUAUGGGAUCUGGUCUCGAGCUCAUUGCCUCCAAGUGGGCGCACAGUCUUAUAGAACUGGACUUGGCUUGGGCGAAUAUGCAGCAACCCAUAGAUAACGCCCUACGAGCCCUCGCCGAAAAGGGCAGGGAGUCACCCAUGGCACACUUAAAUCUGUGCGGGUCGUCGGUGUCCGAUGAGGCAGUAAAGGAAAUACUGACGAACUGCCGGAAGAUGAGCUCCAUCAACCUGGCCUCGUGCCGCGGACUGCCCCGCGGUGUCAAGCGCCUGAUGCAGGGACCCCAGGAGUUGGGCGAGCUACGAGAGGUCCUGGGAGUGCAGCUGAAGAACAGCAGCGGGAGCAACUAAUCCAGUCAGUGGGCGAGUCCACAACCACGCAUCGGUUUUAUUGUUGAUCAGGCGGGCCAAGUUUAAAUGUAAUUUAAAUUGUUGCAUCCCUCUUCGCGCGAAAGGCGUUUGGCGCUUUGUUGAUUUUGUAAUGUAGUCGGCAAACAUAUUGCAAUAUUUGCAAAUUUGCAAUCGCUUGCAUCUUCCAAUAAUGCUUAUCUUGUUUAUAGGCCCUAGAGUGUAAUUACCACUGUACUAGUUUAGUAUUCUCUGCACAGCGGCAGCAGCGAGCUCCUCCCCUCCUGGAGGUUCCCGCAUUAAAUGCUGUGCGAACGAGCAACCUUUUGUAAAUGCAAUAUGUAUUCAUAACUUAGUUGAUUCGAAUUUUUUGCAGCGCGAAAAUCAUUCACUUACGAGGACAGCCGUUUGCAACGAUUUUCAAUUAUUUUUUUUAAUAUAUACAUAAUGAUAUAUAUUUAAUGAUUGAUUGUUAGUUAAGUCCGACCAUUGAGCGUUUGUAAAGUAUGUAUACAAGAAUUAAAAUAAGUUUAAAGAGUAUGAUUCGCAAUACGAAAAUGAUAUAUUUACCGUAGAGUAGUCGUCAAUUCAAAGUCGCUAACUAAGGCAGUUUGUAGAAUGUUUUAACCCGAUAGAAAUGUACAUAUUGGCGUUAGAGAAACUUUCCGAUUGGAUGUUUUUAUAUACAGAAUAACCAUUAAUAAAGGUAACGCAUAUACCACACAUACAUAACGUAAAUUAAAACAAUUCAAUUGUUAAGCAUUACUAGCAGUUAAGUGACGGCAAUUAAAGGUACAUUUAAUUUAAAAUAAACGCAAACAUUUUCAAUCCA